AUGACUCUAAAAAUAUGGUUAGGUGUUUACAAUGUGUGGAGGACAAAGAUAUCAGAUGAGUUCCCCACACUGUCUGAUGACGAGGUGUCCGUGUUAUUCUGUUUUCUGUGUUCUGACUCCGGUCCUCCUGACUUCACUGACACAGAGUGGCUGGACUUGCUUAAUGAGAUACGAUUGAAUGUGUACGAUAAAACUAAUCCUGUAACACGUGAGGAAGCACAGCAGACUCUGGACAGACUGAAGUCACGUGAUUAUCUCUGGGAAGAUAAGGACAAGAUAACAAAGGACACAAAGGAUGAGACAAUGUAUAGGAUAGCAUCAAUAAACAGUGGUAUACCAUUCUCUUGCUGUAGUUAUGACACAGCCAGUGUAUAUCUGAGAUCACGGAGAUAUAACAGAAAACCCAGAGAGAAGUGUGUCAGUAGUCCUGGGUGGGAUGACUUUCUGAUACUCCGUCUACAGAUGAACAUAUUGACUCACGUCACCAUGGAGUACACGGAUAUAUAUGAUGAGAUACACCAGAUAUUGAAUGUCAUAUUUCAAAUACUAAAGGGGUGUGGAGAUAAGCGGAAAGAAUUUCUAAUGGAUCUAAGAAGAGAAGGGGAAACUGUACAUUACAGAGGGAGAUCACAGGACAGUGUAGAUCACGUAACGUGGCUCUGGAGAUACGGGAGACCUGACAUCGUGAGAUCCUGUAUAGGUCUACAUCCACACUUGGACAUUUACAUCAUCGACAACAAAGCUUACAGGAAACCAAGCAAAUAUCAUAAUUAUUCUGAAGACGACAAAAGUUUUCUCUACAGUUUACUGUUGUGUGACAAAUACACUUCUGUUGUAAAUGGAGAUUCAAGUCAAGUCAAGUCAAUGUUGACAAAGAUGCGUGAACGGUAUUUCGAAAAACUCUCUCCAUCUAAUGAUAUUGAUUUAAAACAGCUUCAGCACGAGGUCACUGAAACCCAGAAUGAUGAGGUAACGUUUGUGUCUGACGACAUCAGACAUGACGUCAUGUACGCCUUUGUUACGGAGUGUCUGGUGAAGGACAGUGAUCUUGAGUUUUUCCUGACCACGGCGUCACGUGACGUGAUCUCAGAAUACUGCCGGUCCUGGAGGUAUAAGAGGAGUGAGGGAGAGAGAUGUCUGUAUAUACCGUACAGUCCGGUCAAGAUGUACGACCUCUUCAUAGACAAACUAAAGCUUGACAUCAUCACACACUGUACUGUGUCUGACGGGAGGAUUCAUGAAAGGAUCAGUAAACGUUUAAAUAUACCAGAAGAAGUACUAAGAUGGGAUAUCCAUGCUAGAAGAAGGUUUUUGAAAAACAUCAAGGAAGAAAAUGUGAAAAUGUUUCGCGCUAGGGGAAUGAUAGUUGGAUGUGCGGGCGCAGGAAAAACAACUCUUCUUAGAAAGCUUCACGAAAGGACGAGAAAACAUAAAAAUAGAGCAAGAGCAGAGAAAAGAACUCUUCGUAGAAAGUUUCAAAGAAGAAAUAAAACUGAUAAGGAUAGUACAGGGUCAGAAAACGCAUUUCUUCUGAAACAGCGUCAUAAAGCAGAGGGCACAAAUGAAGAUAAGCCAACUGAAUCAACCGUAGGUCUUGAGGUCCAUGAAGAUCUGUUUGUUAUCGAAGACAGCAAGUUAAAAGGUUACUCUUUGCUCUUCACAUAUAUGUGUAUUUUUAGUUGA